GUCAUAUCCUGUGUAGACUACCUCUGAACUUCGCAGUUUGACUUGCUAUGUCUGCUACAGAAAGAUGAAGUGAAAGAAAUACGGACCUUUAACUCUAAAGGGCAGUGGUAUAACUUGUGUAGCUUAAGUGCCGUUGUGUACCAGUUUGAAUUAAAAAUGUUUUCUUUGUCCACGACUGUCCAACCACAGGUGACUGUACCUCUUAGCCACCUCAUCAAUGUCCUCCACUCUAUGAAAAGCUCAGUGGGAAGCAGCAGUGCCACCUGCAAAUCAAGAAAACAUAAGGAGCAUGCCUCAGACUCAGAACUACACUGUACAGAGCCCGUGUGGAACAUGCGUGAGCUUGGAUUAUCAGACCUGGGAGCACAGCAGCUGGAUGAGCUGGUGAAGAGUGUGUUACCACGCUUGAGUCCACAGGAGGCACCACUUCCAUUGGGUGGACAGACAGCCUGGCACGCCUCACAUCUUUCUACACACUCCUUUUUCUUCAAUAAGCAUGGCUUCUCAUGUGGUGCAAUUCCCAUGUUUUAUUCCAGACAGCACCCUUCACCUCUUCAGUCUGUCUGCACAGAGCUACAACACUGGCCAGUGUGGGUCCCGAGCAGAGGCUUUAAAACUUUAAAGAGCAAAACCAGACGACUGCAGUCGGCCCCAGACCGCCCCCUGGAGUCUGAAGGAUUCACACCAUCUUUUAUGAAGGGUUUCCUGACACGUGACAAGGGGGUUGAAGUUGAAAGUCUAGACAGCCUGAUUAAGAUCAAGAACAUACCUGAUGGACAGCAGGAUUCUUACAAGAGGGGCUUCGCUGAGGGUUUCCUGAAAGCCCAAGCCUUGACACAACGCACACAAGACUCUCUCCGGAGGACUCGUCUAAUCCUGCUGGUGCUGCUUCUGGUUGGACUCUAUGGUAUCUCCAAGACCCCCUUCAUAUCGGUACGGUUCCGAACCACAUCAGGCCUGGACUCUGCAGUGGACCCUGUGCAGAUGAAAAACGUGACAUUUGAGCAUGUCAAAGGGAUAGAAGAAGCUAAGAACGAGCUGCAGGAAGUUGUGGAGUUCCUGAAAAACCCAAAGAAGUUCACAGUAUUGGGAGGGAAGCUGCCAAAAGGUGUUUUACUGGUUGGCCCUCCAGGGACCGGAAAGACUCUACUGGCCAGAGCUGUGGCAGGAGAGGCAGAUGUGCCAUUCUACUACGCCUCCGGGUCUGAAUUUGAUGAGAUGUUUGUUGGAGUGGGAGCCAGCCGCAUCAGGAACCUUUUCAAGGAGGCUAAAGCCAAUGCUCCCUGUGUGAUCUUCAUUGAUGAACUGGACAGUGUGGGUGGGAAAAGGAUCGAGUCUCCCAUGCACCCUUACUCCAGACAGACUAUUAACCAACUACUUGCUGAGAUGGAUGGGUUUAAACCUAACGAAGGUGUGAUCAUCAUUGGAGCAACCAACUUCCCAGAGGCUUUGGAUAAUGCCCUGAUCCGCCCAGGACGUUUUGACAUGCAGGUGACUGUCCCCAAACCAGAUGUGAAAGGGCGCACAGAGAUCCUCAACUGGUAUCUGAAGAAGAUUAAAAUGGAUCCAGCUAUUGAGGCCAAUAUUAUUGCCCGGGGCACAGUGGGCUUCUCUGGCGCUGACCUGGAAAAUCUGGUCAACCAGGCUGCUCUGAAGGCAGCAGUCGAUGGUAAAGACAUGGUCACCCUGAAAGAGUUGGAGUUUGCUAAAGACAAAAUCCUCAUGGGCCCCGAGAGAAGGAGUGCAGAAAUAGAUGAGAAGAACAAGAUCAUCACAGCGUACCAUGAAUCUGGCCAUGCAAUAGUAGCUUACUAUACCAAAGAUGCCAUGCCGAUUAACAAGGCUACUAUCAUGCCUAGAGGCCCCAGUCUGGGACAUGUAUCCAUGCUUCCAGAGAACGAUCGCUGGAGUGAGACUCGCUCUCAGCUGCUGGCCCAGAUGGACGUCAGUAUGGGCGGCCGUGUAGCAGAGGAGAUUAUAUUUGGCCAUGAGUACAUCACAACCGGUGCAUCAAGCGACUUUGAUAGUGCCACAAAGAUUGCUAAGAUGAUGGUGACCAGAUUUGGAAUGUGUGAAAAGUUGGGUGUGAUGACCUAUACUGACAUGACAUCCCAGAGCCCAGAGACACAAGCAGCAGUGGAGCAUGAAGUCAGGCAGUUACUGAAGGACUCUUAUGAGCGUGCCAAAGUCCUGCUGAAGACUCAUUCCAAAGAGCACAAAAACCUGGCAGAUGCUCUGCUCAUGUAUGAGACACUGGAUGCCAAAGAGAUCAAGCUGGUCCUGGAGGGCAAGGCCCUGGAGGCCAGUUGAAAAGAAGCAGGGACUGCAACAAUGGGGGGUUGGCAAUAGGGGGAGGGGGCAGAUUUUAAGAGCUCAGGGGUCAUGGAAGGAGGGAUGGACUCAGUUCAUGAGUGAAUUAGAGGAGUAUGAAGUGAUGGCCUGCGUUCACAAAGUCUCUUGACAAGCGCCCAUGUAGGACUAUGUCAUAUCUUCACUCGGUCCCCUUUGUGUAAUCCCAUCAAUAU